AUGCCCGUCAUGCUGGGUGUUGUUGUUGUUGUUGUUGUUGCCGCUGCUGCUGCUACGGCUGUUCCUGCCGCUGAUGCAGAUGCUUCUCUUGAAAGCGAGUCCACCAAGGCCAUGGACGAGUCCAGUCGUUUGAAAGACUCGAGUAAAAGUGACGUCCGCUUCUUGCUACUCCUUUCUCGUAAUAACGAUGACGACGACGACGACGACGGUCUUGGCGGUAGUGCAAAGGAUGGACAAGAGGCUGGUCGUGAUGGAUGCUGUUGUGCAGCAGCGGAGCUACUAUUACUGCGACGUUUAUUGGCGACAAGUGGCGACGACAACGGUGACUUUUCUGGAAUGGACGCCGUGUCGUCCUCGUCCUCGUCGUUGACCGCUGUUGAAGUGGGAGAACAAAUAGGAGUCGAUUGUAAUUGUGAGGAGCUGGUCAAAAGAGAUGAGGCAGUCGUAGUAGAAGUCGAACUAGAACAAGACGAAUGGGAAGAAUCGAUCGACCCGCUGGACAAGGAACCUAAACUGUCAUUCCGUUCAUGA